AUGUCGAUCAAUACGUGGCUGAUAUUUGCAACUUUGUAUUGUGCUGUUACUGUCUUCUCGCUUCAGCAAUACAUAGUCGAAGUAUCAGAUGUUCAGGCUAUUAAUCAUGUCAAGGAAUCCAUCGUAAACGAUGCGUCUUGCUACCAGAACGCACCGUUGAGUUUCCGACAUGUAUACAAUAAUUCCAUAUUCCCUGGGUUCUCACUGGAUAUAAACAGUUCAGAUGGCCACAGAGACCCGACUCGUUGCCUCAAGGCCAUCGCCGGGGUCGUCAAGGUCUGGCAGUCCCAGCCGUACGCGCCUGCUUCACAAUCCGAAAGCCCCAGCGUGCCUGCAAGCAACGGAGCUUCUCCAUUGGUAAACAGCAGCAUUUUGCACGGAUUGACUGGUGUCCAAGCAUUACGAGAAACAAAUGUUACCGGGCGGGGUAUUACAGUGGCCGUAAUCGACACUGGGAUAGAUUACCUUCACCCGGCCCUCGGUGGAGGUAUUGGAAAUGGCUUCAAAGUCCGGUUCGGCCUUGAUCUUGUGGGCGACAACUUUCAAAUAGGUCUCCCACCACAAGGCAAAGGAGAUUCUUACGCAGAAUGUACGGCACACGGCACUCAUGUUUCAGGCAUUGUCGCUGGCGACCAACCAUCUUUGGGAUUUGUUGGUGUGGCGCCCGAAGUCAACCUCGAGCACUACCGGGUAGCGGGUUGUCGAAAGGCUCCCAUUCAAUCGGACAUUAUAAUCCAGGCCGUUCUCAAGGCUCAAAGCCGGGAAGUUGAUGUUAUAUCAAUUUCUUUAACGCUGAAUUCGGGCCCGUACCCUGAUGAUGCCUUGUCAGAAGUACUCACUAGGAUAUCGCGUCAAGGAGAAAUUCUCAUCGUUGUGGCGUCGGGUGAUUAUGGAUGGCAGGGUCCAUUUUCUGCUCGGGCGCCCGGAUCAGCUGUCGAUGUUUUAACAGUGGGUUCAAUUAAUGCAGCUUAUUCUAUACAAAGUCGACCUCGAGCAACUUUCUCGUUACGAGACCAAAAAGCAACUUCACAAUCGAUCGAUUUCCCAUGGGAUCCUGCGAGCCCGGGAAGGUUCCCAAGCUCCCUCACGUUACAAGCGACCACCUUGAACAUGUCAGUUACAAACGAUGCAUGCAUUGGGCUGGAAAGGGACGGGAACUUCUCUGACGCGUCAGUAAUUCUCGUUCGACGCGGUGGUUGUCAACUUGAUGUUAAGAUGAAGAACCUGGCGGCAAGAGGUGCCAAAUAUGUCCUCGUCUACAAUAACGAAAAUAAGCCCUCCUUCCAAUUCGACAAUAAUUUCGAUGGCAUAAUCGCCGCCGGUUCCAUAUCGGCGCAAACUGGACGAAACCUAAUCGGCGCUCUUGCCACAGGGUCCGCGGUUUAUUUAAAUAUGGACCCGAACUUUGGGAAUAUGCCAUACAUCGAAAUACAGGGAAAUUUACGACCAGCUGGGCAAAUAAACGGGCAAACUUCAUGGGGCCCUACUGGCCUGGGGGACACUUUAACCUCGUUACUGGCUCCCGGUCAAAGCAUUUGGUCAACCAUUCCACGAACAUGGGGUGGCUACGGUACUAUGUCCGGUACAUCCAUGGCCGCGCCAUACGUUGCCGGCUGUGCAGCACUUGUAAUGCAAGUCUAUCCAAGCCUCAGCUCCACACAGGUUAUGACGUUGUUAACCACUACUGCACGACCCCUUAAUUUUAAUGAUGGUACGAAUAAAUCGUACGACUUUUUGGCACCCGUCGCCAUGCAGGGGAAUGGUGUGGUUGAUGUUAUGGGGGCAGUUAACACUGAAACUGCCUUUUCCCAAUCCCAUUUAUCCUGGAAUGACACCGAAUUUUUCACCGGAACGAUUUCAUUUUUUAUAAAAAAUAGAGGAAGCGAGGCUGUCGAGUAUAAAUUCUCUCAUAAACCAGCCGUAACUGUUCUUGCAUUAGGGGCCGAUUCCAAAGCGGCAACACCAUGGACUAGGGACACGGUAACACCAUGGACUAGGGACAACGCCUCGACCUCGGCUUCCGAAGAGUUUCUGCAAAGCUCAUUGGAGAAAAUAUAUGCAGAUAUAACCAUAUCUCCCACAUCACUAACCAUCGAGCCUGAUAUAUGGACGAUGGUGAACGUGACGGCCAACAUCGACGCUUUAAACAAACUAAAGCCCCGCUGUCCUCUUUACAGCGGUUUCAUUUUUGUCGACGACGGAAAAAUUGGGUCGCAAUUAAGCCUCUCUUAUUCGGGAAUCGGCUGCUCGAUGCGUGAAAUGGCCGUUAUACCUCGAGGCUGGAACGAGACUUUCGUCACGGCCGCCACGACAAAAGAGUCCCUGGACGUGCCCUACGACGCCAAGCCAAUCCCACCUGAUACAGAGUUCAAGCUACAAGGUCAUAAAACUCCUCUUCAAUAUAAAAAUUCCUCCACUCUGCUUCCGACAUUAAAAGUAGAGUUGGCGAUGUCCAGUCAGGCGAUCGCUGUUCACGUUCUCCCUGCCGCAGCUUCAGGGGAAAACGAAGGUAUUGCUGUAUUUUCGCACAAUCAAACCGUUCAAGCUGGAGGCUUUAGCCGUCUGUCCAAGGACUUUUUUGGAUGGAGUGGGCUGCUAGAGAAUGGUUCUUGGGCUGCCGAGGGCGUGUAUAAGUUCAAAGUAUGUGCUUUCAGAGCUUGGGAACAGAUUCAGGACCCGAAUGCCAGGAAAGACUGCGUUGUCACAGAACCGUUUGGCAUACGCUAUUAG